AGAAGCGCUCAGAGCGCUCCACGGUGUAGAUCAGGAAAAGGGAGGGGAACAGUCGGUAGCCAUCUUACUUAGUACCAAAACAUAAAUUAAAAGGCUAUAGAGGCAACCGACAGCAGAGUUCCGUGGGAUAUUGCCUUCGGAGACUUUCCGGUCACCGUUGGCGGCCUGACCAGAAUCGUGGGGGCAAUUUGAAGGCUGUUCCUGCUCACAAAGCGGCGUGCCGAGGAAGGACGCGUCUCUUUGAAUAGACAGGAUGCACGGACCGCCCUCCGGCGACAGCGCAUGCCCAUUGCGCACGAUCAAGAGAGUUCAAUUCGGCAUCAUCAGCCCAGAUGAACUUAAACGGAUGUCCGUUACAGAAGGGGGAAUCAAAUACCCCGAAACAACAGAAGGAGGACGUCCUAAACUGGGCGGCCUUAUGGACCCAAGACAAGGGGUCAUAGAGCGAAGUGGAAGAUGUCAGACAUGUGCAGGCAACAUGACAGAAUGUCCGGGCCACUUUGGACACAUAGAACUGGCAAAGCCAGUUUUCCAUGUUGGCUUUGUAUCAAAGAUAAUGAAGGUCCUUCGAUGUGUCUGCUUCUUUUGCUCUAAGCUAUUAGUGGAUUCUAACAACCCAAAGAUCAAAGACAUCCUGAUAAAAUCUAAAGGGCAACCAAGGAAACGUUUGACACAUGUGUACGAGUUGUGCAAAGGAAAAAAUAUCUGUGAAGGAGGAGAGGAGAUGGACAACAAAUUUGGAAUGGAGCAGCAGGAGACUGAGGAGGACAUUACCAAGGAAAAGGGCCACGGUGGCUGUGGGCGCUACCAACCGCGCAUAAGACGCUCUGGCUUGGAGCUGUUUGCUGAGUGGAAGCACGUUAAUGAGGAUUCACAGGAAAAGAAAAUCCUCCUGAGUCCUGAGCGUGUGCACGAGAUCUUCAAGCGCAUCUCCGAUGAAGAGGACGUCAUUUUGGGGAUGGACCCAAAGUUUUCCAGACCAGAGUGGAUGAUUGUGACAGUGUUGCCUGUUCCUCCGCUGGCCGUCAGGCCCGCUGUAGUCAUGCAGGGCUCUGCUCGCAACCAGGACGAUUUGACCCACAAACUUGCUGACAUCGUCAAAAUCAACAACCAGCUGAGAAGAAAUGAGCAGAGCGGUGCUGCAGCUCACGUCAUAGCUGAAGACGUCAAACUGCUUCAGUUCCACGUGGCCACCAUGGUGGACAAUGAGCUGCCUGGCCUUCCUAGGGCGAUGCAAAAGUCCGGCCGUCCACUUAAAUCGGUCAAACAGCGUCUAAAAGGGAAAGAGGGGCGAGUCCGAGGUAACCUGAUGGGAAAGCGUGUGGACUUCUCUGCUCGAACCGUCAUCACCCCAGACCCCAACCUGCAAAUCGACCAAGUUGGCGUGCCGCGAUCGAUCGCAGCCAACAUGACCUUCCCGGAAAUAGUCACACCCUUUAACAUCGACAGACUACAAGAGCUCGUGAGAAGAGGCAACAGCCAGUACCCAGGAGCCAAAUAUAUCAUCCGAGACAAUGGCGACAGAAUUGACCUGCGAUUCCACCCAAAACCAAGCGACCUUCACCUGCAGAUUGGCUACAAGGUGGAAAGACACAUGUGUGAUGGAGACAUCGUCAUCUUCAACAGACAACCUACACUACAUAAAAUGUCCAUGAUGGGGCACAGAGUCCGGAUUCUGCCGUGGUCCACUUUUCGUCUCAACCUCAGUGUAACCACCCCCUACAACGCUGACUUUGACGGGGAUGAGAUGAAUCUCCACCUGCCUCAGUCGCUGGAGACGAGGGCAGAGAUCCAGGAGCUGGCCAUGGUUCCCCGUAUGAUCGUCACACCCCAGUCCAAUAGACCCGUUAUGGGUAUUGUGCAGGACACACUCACAGCUGUCCGCAAAUUCACCAAACGAGAUGUCUUCUUAGAGAGGGGUGAAGUGAUGAACCUCCUCAUGUUCCUCUCCACAUGGGACGGGAAAGUGCCUCAGCCGGCCAUCCUAAAGCCACGUCCUCUGUGGACAGGGAAGCAGAUCUUCAGCUUAAUCAUUCCUGGACAUAUUAACGUGAUCCGCACACACAGCACCCACCCUGAUGAUGAAGACAGCGGCCCCUACAAACACAUCUCCCCCGGGGACACCAAGGUCAUCGUGGAGAACGGCGAGUUGAUCAUGGGAAUCCUGUGCAAGAAGUCUCUGGGAACGUCAGCCGGCUCCCUCGUCCACAUCUCCUACCUUGAGAUGGGCCACGACAUCACCAGACUUUUUUACUCCAACAUUCAGACGGUGGUCAACAACUGGCUGCUCAUCGAGGGUCAUUCCAUUGGUAUCGGUGACUCCAUUGCUGACGCCAAGACCUACCUUGACAUUCAGAACACAAUCAAGAAAGCCAAACAGGAUGUGAUAGAAGUCAUCGAGAAAGCCCACAACAACGAGCUGGAGCCGACCCCAGGUAACACCCUGAGGCAGACCUUUGAGAACCAGGUGAAUCGUAUCCUCAACGACGCUCGAGACAAAACAGGAUCCUCAGCCCAGAAGUCGCUGUCUGAGUACAACAACUUCAAGUCCAUGGUGGUGGCUGGUUCCAAGGGUUCAAAGAUUAACAUCUCACAGGUCAUUGCCGUGGUGGGGCAGCAGAACGUUGAGGGUAAACGUAUCCCCUUCGGCUUCAAACACCGCACGCUGCCUCACUUCAUUAAAGACGACUACGGCCCUGAGAGCAGAGGCUUUGUGGAGAACUCCUACCUGGCCGGUUUGACGCCGACAGAGUUCUUCUUCCACGCUAUGGGAGGCAGAGAGGGUCUCAUCGAUACAGCUGUCAAGACUGCUGAGACUGGUUACAUCCAGCGUCGUCUGAUCAAAUCCAUGGAGUCUGUGAUGGUGAAGUACGACGGGACGGUGCGUAACUCCAUCAACCAGGUGGUUCAGCUGCGUUAUGGAGAGGACGGCCUCGCAGGAGAGAACGUGGAGUUUCAGAACGUGGCUACACUCAAACCCUCACACAAGGCCUUUGAAAAGAAGUUCAAGUUCGACUGCACCAACGAGCGUGCACUGAGGCGGAUGCUGCAGGAAGAUGUCGUGAAAGACGUCCUGACAAACGCCCAUGUGCAGAGUGCUUUGGAGAGGGAGUUUGAGAAGAUGAAGGAGGACAGGGAUGUCCUCAGAGCCAUCUUCCCCACUGGGGACAGCAAGGUGGUUCUGCCAUGCAACCUGGCCAGAAUGAUUUGGAACGCCCAGAAGAUCUUCCGCAUCAACAUUCGAACUCCAACAGACCUCAAUCCUCUGAGAGUGGUCGAAGGUCUUCAGGACCUGAGUAAGAAGCUGGUGAUUGUGAAUGGUGAAGACCCACUCAGCAAACAGGCCCAGCAAAACGCCACUCUGCUCUUUAACAUCCACCUGCGCUCCACGCUUUGCUCCAAACGCAUGACGGAGGAGUUCCGCCUUUCCACCGAGGCUUACGACUGGCUGCUUGGAGAGAUCGAGACCAAAUUCAACCAGUCCAUUGCCCAUCCAGGGGAGAUGGUCGGUGCUCUGGCCGCUCAGUCGCUGGGAGAACCAGCCACCCAGAUGACCCUGAACACUUUCCAUUACGCUGGUGUGUCCGCCAAGAACGUAACACUCGGUGUGCCUCGUCUGAAGGAGUUGAUCAACAUCUCCAAGAGGCCCAAAACGCCCUCUCUGACCGUGUUCCUGCUGGGUCAGGCUGCACGUGACGCAGAGAGGGCCAAGGACAUCCUCUGUCGACUGGAGCACACUACACUAAGAAAGGUUACAGCCAACACCGCCAUCUACUACGACCCAAAUCCUCAGAACACAGUGGUGGCUGAGGAUCAGGAGUGGGUGAAUGUCUACUAUGAGAUGCCCGACUUCGAUGUCACUCGAAUUUCACCGUGGCUGCUGCGCAUCGAGCUCGACCGCAAACAUAUGACGGACCGCAAGCUGACCAUGGAGCAGAUUGCGGAGAAGAUCAAUGCAGGAUUCGGAGACGACCUGAAUUGUAUUUUCAAUGACGACAAUGCCGAGAAACUCGUCCUGCGAAUCAGAAUCAUGAACAGCGACGAGAACAAGUUCCAAGAGGAUGAGGAGGUGGUGGAUAAAAUGGACGACGAUGUGUUCUUGAGGUGCAUAGAGUCCAACAUGCUCACAGACAUGACGCUGCAAGGCAUAGAGCAGAUCAGCAAGGUGUACAUGCACUUGCCCCAGACUGACAACAAGAAGAAGAUCAUCAUCACAGAGGACGGUGAGUUCAAGGCCCUGCAGGAGUGGAUCCUGGAGACAGACGGCGUGAGCCUCAUGAGGGUCCUCAGUGAGAAAGACGUGGACCCCGUCAGGACCACCUCCAAUGACAUCGUGGAGAUCUUCACGGUGCUGGGUAUUGAAGCAGUGCGAAAGGCGCUUGAGAGGGAGUUGUACCACGUCAUUUCCUUUGACGGCUCCUACGUCAACUACCGUCACUUGGCUCUGCUUUGUGACACCAUGACAUGUCGCGGUCACCUGAUGGCCAUCACGCGUCACGGCAUAAACCGUCAAGACACAGGACCGCUCAUGAAGUGUUCCUUUGAGGAGACGGUUGAUGUGUUGAUGGAGGCGUCAUCCCAUGCUGAGAGUGACCCCAUGAAGGGUGUAUCGGAGAACAUUAUGCUCGGCCAGCUCGCCCCCGCUGGUACAGGCUGCUUUGACCUGCUGUUGGAUGCUGAGAAGUGUAAAUAUGGCAUGGAGAUUCCUACGAACAUACCUGGCAUCAGCGUGGCAGGACCCACUGGUAUGUUCUUUGGCACGGUGCCAAGUCCCAUGAGUGGUAUGUCUCCUGCCAUGACCCCCUGGAACACCGGAGCGACACCAGCUUACGGUGCCUGGUCCCCCAGUGUUGGGAGCGGAAUGACUCCUGGAGCGGCAGGUUUCUCUCCCAGUGCAGCAUCAGAUGCAAGCGGUUUCUCGCCGGGCUACUCCCCAGCCUGGUCCCCAACUCCAGGGUCUCCAGGAUCUCCAGGCCCUGCAAGCCCAUACAUCCCAUCUCCAGGUGGAGCAAUGUCACCAAACUACUCCCCCACCUCCCCCGCCUACGAGCCACGUUCCCCUGGAGGCUACACCCCACAGAGCCCCGGCUACUCCCCAACGUCUCCCUCCUACUCCCCCACUUCUCCUUCUUACUCCCCCACCAGCCCCAACUACAGCCCGACAUCUCCCUCCUACUCACCCACCUCCCCGAGUUACUCCCCGACCUCCCCGUCCUAUUCGCCAACUUCUCCAUCUUAUUCCCCAACGUCUCCCUCUUACUCCCCCACCUCCCCAUCCUACUCACCCACAUCCCCAUCCUACUCUCCAACCUCGCCGAGCUACAGCCCAACAUCGCCAAGCUACAGCCCGACGUCACCCAGCUACUCCCCCACCUCGCCGUCUUAUUCACCCACAUCCCCCUCCUAUUCUCCAACAUCUCCCUCUUACUCCCCCACCUCCCCAUCCUACUCCCCCACUUCUCCCUCCUACUCGCCGACCAGCCCGAGCUACAGCCCCACAUCACCAAACUACACGCCCACUUCCCCAAGUUACUCCCCGACCUCUCCCUCCUAUUCUCCAACAUCGCCCUCCUACUCGCCAACCUCCCCCAACUACACCCCAACCAGCCCCAACUACUCCCCCACUUCCCCCUCUUACUCCCCCACCUCUCCUUCCUACUCGCCCUCCAGUCCACGUUACACCCCGCAGUCGCCCACCUACACCCCAAGCUCCCCUUCAUACAGCCCCAGCUCCCCCUCUUACUCCCCCACCUCCCCCAAAUACACCCCGACUUCACCCUCAUACAGUCCCAGCUCCCCGGAGUACACUCCCACCUCCCCCAAAUACUCCCCCACCUCGCCAAAGUACUCCCCAACGUCCCCGAAGUACUCACCUACUUCUCCCACCUACUCCCCAACAACUCCAAAAUACAGCCCCACUUCUCCCACCUACUCCCCAACCUCCCCCACCUACACCCCCACAAGCCCCAAAUACUCCCCUACUUCUCCUACUUACUCCCCAACUUCCCCCAAGUACUCACCUACAUCUCCUACUUACUCGCCAACUAGUCCUAAAGGCUCCACGUACAGCCCAACUUCACCGGGAUACAGCCCCACCUCCCCCACCUACAGCCCUGCCAUCAGCCCCGACGACAGCGACGAGGAGAACUAAAGAGCAGCGGAGGAGAAGGGGAGGCGGCUGAAGAAACCUUGUCACCUCACCUGAAGGACAGCACCUUUUAGCCAGCUGGAGGUGGCUGUGCUUCUAGCCACAGAGGUCCCAUUUGUGAUUCUUUUCUUUCUUUUUUGGGACCUCUGUUUUGCUCCAAUCCGUCACCAACCCGAGCCCUCCAUCCCCUUUACAACAAGACCUUGUUGAAGCGAUGAUGUGAAAGAACUUGAACUGCUUUGCCUGAAGGAGAAAAAAAAAAAAAAAAAAAGGCUGCCUUUUGAAAUAGUUUUUUUUAAUUUUCACAUGGGGUGUCGGAGCAAAAACUGCAUAUCCCACCAGGGGAAUUAAAAAGAGAGGAAGAUGUGGUGAACACAUGACAGGGGAAGAAAAUGUCCCUUUUUAACUUUAUAGUGUACUGCAUCCAGUCUCUCUCUCAUUCUUUAAACGUUGGGUGUAUAGUCGUGGAAAGCGUACAUAUUGCCAAAAGCCUUUGGAGAAGUGGAUUGUAUUCAUCACUAACGUCUAAAGAAAAUCAAGGAGUUAUGGUUUAGACUUUGUUUACUGCAUAUUUCACCAAGGUGUAUCUUGUUAGACCUUCUGCUGCUUAUGUACAAACUACAGUUGCCGCCAGUUUGAGGGCAUUUAGUGGAUCAAAGAUGGAGAAAGAGGAGUGUUGGAUUAACGGCAGAUAAACCUACAUGAUAGGAGCGAGGUACUGGCUUGCAUGAAGGAGAUGUCCCUCUACAACAUGAUUGAAUUCAUAGGUUUAUGUACCCAUCGCCCUCUUCUUCCUUCACACCCCAAAGACAAACAAACCUGAAAGAUGUCAUGAAAACACCCACCAGCAUCCUCUUGUCCUCUGACCAUUUUUGGAUACUUGUGCAUCUAAAGGAACAAAAAAAAAAACAACACUUUUCCAGAUAAAAUUAUUUCCAUUACUCUGGGAAUUAAAAGAUUUAUAUGAAAAAGAAGUAAUAAUCAGAAUGAUUAUUGUCUUUAAUUUUGAUUCUAGGAGGAAAUGGCGCAGAUAUUGACGAGGGAUACUAGUUUGACGUCGCUGCUUUUGUCAUAGUUUGCAUGAGUGGCACAUCUUAACACAUUUAAUCAAGCUUUAGGUUGACAUUAUUUUCAAAUCCCUCCCAUUUGUUGCUGAUCUUUGUUCCAUUUCUGAUAGCUGACGUGUACACAAAUUAAUUUGGACUACACCAUUUAUUUAAGAAAGAACGUUAACUGCUAUUCUGUGCGAAUAUGAAUAGAGGAAAAUUAAGAAUGUUAUUAUUAUUAUUUUUUUUGUUGCUUUUCUCUAGUUUGCUUCUGGUGACUUUGUGAAGCUGUUUGCAGGAGGCUCAUGUUCAUAAACUGUGGAUGAAGGGGCAGAGGAUCCCCCCCCCCCCCCAGAGUUAUUUCAAAGCCGGUGACUGCUCUCUUACAGUUGCAGUAAACACAUUAUUGCACGCUGUCACCACAAUGUGACGUUGCAUUAGUUGAAGUUAGAAGGACAAAACAUGCAGUCCUUAGUUCAAUCCAGUAAGUUUGUUAUGACACAAUACAUCUUUUUCCCCAGUCCGCCUUUUCCUUCACUGCAGCUUGGAACAUUUUCUUUGAAGUAGAGAUUGUCUAGAGAAACAGCACGUUUGGGCCUCUCUACUAAAAAAAAAAAAAACCUUACCCACUACAUUAGUGUGACCUUUUUUCAAAUAUGGGUGCUUUUUUUUUUCUUUUUUUCAAACAUGACUCAACCUAGUUUGACUCUGUAAGAAAUCCAUCGGUACAGCUGACGCCAACAACAACAAAAAAGUUUUCUUUCCCUUCGCGUUCCUGAUCUCUCAACAUUGUGUCUGAAUUUGAAGCUGGGUCCCCUCCCUCUUCAUCCAUGAGUGAUCCUCAUUUCAAAUCAGUGUUUGUUUUCUUUUUCUACCAGUGUAUGUAUCUUUGAUGUUGGGGAAUCAUGGGGAGGGGGGGCGGGGUGUAUUUGAUCAGGCUGGGAGUCCUGAAGAGAUAAAAAAAAUAUGUGUUCAAAUGACUUAUUCUGAAACAUUGCCUCCAACAUGGUCUUGAGUUGAAAGGACUGCAUCUUCUGGCCUUUGAGAUAAAGCAGGUUUUGAUAAUUGCACUUAGUAAAUAUUGUGGUGGACGUAGGCCCCAGACAUUGUGAUAUUUUGUCCACUCUGCUUGCAUCAAAUCCUGUUGUCUUAACUUAGUGCUGUCCAGUCAACUCAGAAAACACCAGGACUCCCGGGUGGUGUGAAUGUGUGCGAGUGUGCAGGAAAAUGUGCGUCUGAGGGCGAGACAGGGUUCCAAACUGAGGAAAGACUUCACAUGUCUGGGCAAAGGAAGGUACAACUUGAAAUUGCCACUGUAUAGAAAUCAAUCCAUUAUCUCAUUCUCUGUAUCUUUGUUCUGUUUGUUUUUUUGACUUGGGAAAAAAUGAAUAAAAGUUUUACUACA